AUGGUUAAGGAUACGAAAUUCUACGAGAUCCUGGGGGUCGACCCCUCAGCCUCGGAGGCUCAACUAAAGUCAGCUUACAAGAAGGGCGCUCUAAAGCAUCACCCUGACAAGAACGCCCAUAACCCUGAUGCUGCGGAAAAAUUCAAAGAUCUCUCGAAAGCCUACGAAGUCCUGUCCGAUCCACAGAAAAGACAACUCUACGACCAAUAUGGAGAAGAGGGUCUCGAACAAGGCGGCAUGGGAGGAGGCAUGGCUGCUGAAGAUCUCUUCGCCCAGUUUUUCGGCGGUGGUUCAGCCUUCGGCGGCAUGUUCGGCGGUGGCAUGCGUGACACCGGCCCAAAGAAAGCCAGAACUAUUCACCACGUUCACAAGGUUUCCUUGGAAGAUAUUUACCGCGGCAAAGUCUCAAAAUUGGCGCUUCAAAAGUCUGUCAUCUGCCCAGCAUGUGAGGGCCGAGGCGGCAAGGAGGGUGCAGUGCGUACCUGCACUGGCUGCAACGGCGCUGGUAUGAAGACCAUGAUGCGCCAGAUGGGGCCUAUGAUACAGCGCUUCCAGACCGUCUGUCCAGACUGUCAGGGUGAAGGAGAGACGAUUCGCGAUCGUGAUCGAUGCAAGCGCUGCAUGGGUAAAAAGACUGUCGUAGAGCGAAAGGUCCUACACGUCCAUGUCGAUCGUGGUGUCAAGAGCGGGCACAAGAUCGAAUUCCGUGGUGAGGGUGACCAGAUGCCCGGCGUGCUCGCUGGUGACGUCGUAUUCGAGAUUGAGCAGAAGCCUCACGCCCGGUUCCAGCGCAAGGACGACGACCUGUUCUACCACGCCGAAAUUGACCUGUUGACUGCUCUGGCUGGCGGACAGAUCUAUAUCGAACAUCUUGACGACCGGUGGUUAACUGUCAACAUCUUCCCAGGCGAUCCUAUCACUCCUGGAGCUAUCAAAGUCAUUAAGGGACAGGGCAUGCCGUCCUUCCGUCAUCACGACUUCGGCAACCUAUACAUCCAAUUCGACGUCAAAUUCCCUGACAAGUCAGAGAUCCAGAACGUCGAGAUGCUGGAACAAAUCUUGCCUCCUCGCAUGCAACAGAAACUCCCGCCUGCUGACGGGAUGGUGGAAGAUUUCGAUCUCGAAGAAGUUGAUCCUCGACAGCAAGCCAGAGCACAAGGAGCUGCGAUGGAUGAGGAUGACGAAGAUGGUAUCCCUGCUGGGGCAGAGAGGAUGCAAUGUGCCUCACAGUAA